GGUAGGAUCGCAAUGUUCUGGGCCUUGAGACGCGCACUUGGGUUCUAUAAGUUGCGGCAACCCACCUCGGGCGUGAUUCCUCUCCGAUUGUUCUUCCCUAGGUCAGCUGUAUCGGUUUGGUUCUCCCGCGUUUUGUCACCUUCAGUUCAGCUUUACACGAGUCUCUCAGGGACGGGAUACUACUUUAACAAUGGAUCAUAUCUCCUACACCGGCUCCGGUCCGUAUUGCUACGAAAACUCACUGGCCAUGAUGCUUGGCAAAGCCGCACCGUCGACGGCCGUCAUUGAAUUCGCCACGUCCAGUCCGUUCGGGAUGCAGCUGAUCGGCGGAAAGCUCCCAUUUUUCGAUCCCUAUGGGUGGGAUCCAACUAAGGCUUUCGACGCCGCCCUUGGAGCGGCUGGCUGGACAUCUACCCUCGUCGUUGGUAGAGACACCGACGACGCCCUCGCCCAUCUCCUGGAGGCACUCGAUAAUGGGCCAGUAUUCGUAGGUCCCGUGGACAUGGGUCAUCUCCGAUAUCACCCGGAUCACAGCAGCUUGAGCGGAGCAGAUCACUAUCUUGUCAUUCUUCGGGUCCUUGGUGACUGGGUAGAGCUGCACGACCCCCACGGGUAUCCGUACGCGUCUCUCCCCCUCCGUGAUUUCAUGGGAGCAUGGAGAGCGGCAGGCAUCGCGUACGGAGAGCCGUACAUGAUGCGUACUGGCUUCCGCCAAGUGGGACAGUACUCAGAAGAAGAUAUCAUCCGGAGAUCCCUAGACGUCGCCCGCCGCUGGCUCGCAAUGCACGGCGAGCACGACCUGCCGCCCGGCUCAGUGGGCAACAGAAUGGCCGCUGAACAGCUAGCGCUGCAGAUCCGCGAGGAUCACGCCCCGGAACUACGCGAUCAUCUUGUCCACUUCGCUGUUCGCGUCGGCGCCCGCCGGCUCGCCGAUGCCGCUACCUGCCCGGCUCGGAUUGGCUACACUGAGGCUGCCUCCAUCAUAGGGAGGCAAGCGCGCCUAGUAGGGUCUCUGCAGUACUCUCGUGGAAGGAGACAUUCCAACGGCGGUGGGAACCCUUCGGACAUUGGCCGGCAGUUAUGAGCAGCUGAGCAUUGCACUUGAGAAGAAAUGAUAGUACUGUUGUACCGGUAAUACACGAGCUCGUUCCGGACGACAACUUAUCAUGGCGAGAAUACCACCGAUAUUCUCCGGCAAGCGACCCAUCAGGGCGUGCGCAGUCGUCACAUUCAACAGCAAAUCCGUACGCAAGAGGAUCAGCGCUUAGAACGAACACAACCGGGACGACUUCAUUUUUAUAUAAGGAGAAGCAUGAUGUUGUUGGGGGAUGGAGGCUUGGUAAGGUAGGGAGUAUUGUUUGCGUGAGGGGCGGAUGGGGAGGAGGGGGAGGAGUCGCCGCUGCUAAGGUCGAAGAGGACUCUGAUCAGGAGCUCUUUGCGAGGCAGCCGAAGUUACGGAGGGGGAGGGGUGGUCGUGGGGGGCGUGGUCGGCGUUGAGGACGAUGGCGGUGCGGGGGGUGGGUUUGGUGUCGGCACUUGUGUUUGUAUUU